AUGGCGGGUAUACUGCCGGACGAAAAAAAGAGCUGUGAUGAUAACGAGGAAAAAAUCAUAAAAUGUCCCCCUAAAUCUAAAAUUGGCUAUGUAUAUUCACCGGAAUUAAUUCAUCAAUGUAAUAGAGUACCAAACCUGAAGAACAGGGCCUCAUUAGUUCAUCAUUUGCUGGAAUCUUAUGGACUCUUAGAUCAUGUCUUGCUUUUAAACUGUGAUAAAGUUAAUGAUGACGUCUUUCAAGGAUUUCAUUCUGCCGAUUACAUUGAAUUCCUCAAAGGUGAUGUGGAUGUAGAGGAUGAAUCCAGUGAGGAAUAUGGUUUAGGAUUUGACUGCCCCCCACUUGACAAGCUUGAUGACUUUAUCUCUGUGAUAGCUGGUGGAUCUGUAGCAGGAGCCAAAGCACUUGUUUCUGGAUCUGUUGAUGUGGCAGUAAAUUUCUGUGGAGGCUGGCAUCACGCUCAGAGAGAUUGUGCAUCAGGAUUCUGCUACAUCAAUGACUGUGUUCUUGCCAUCCUAGAAUUGGAAAGAAAAUUCAAACUCGUACUUUAUAUUGACUUGGAUAUUCACCACGGAGACGGAGUUGAAAAUGCUUUCGCUUACAGCCGCAAAGUGUUUACGCUAUCGUUACAUAAACAUGAAGAAGGAUAUUUUCCGGGUACAGGUUCAGUCAACGACACUGGUUUCGGCAGGGGUCGCAACUAUUCAUGCAAUGUUCCACUCAGAGAUGGGGCUUGCGAUGAAACUUUCAUCCACGUCUUUCAAACAGUUUUCCAGGAAGUAAUGAAACGUUUUCGUCCGGAAGCAAUUGUAUGUCAAUGUGGAGCAGAUGGCCUAGCUAACGAUCCAUUAGGGACAUUUAACUUGACACCCGUUGCAUACGCCCGCUGCACCGCUGUCAUCCAGAGUUACAAAUUACCUACUUUGUACCUUGGCGGAGGCGGUUAUCACAAGGCCAACGCGUCCCGUUGUUUCACUACCAUAUUGGCAGGUCUACUAGGCGUCGAAAUAUCAUCCGAUAUCCCGGAACACGAAUAUUUCAAUUGGUACGGGCCGAGCUUCGAGUUAGACGUCAGUCGAGGUCUCCGACGGGACGAAAACAGCCCCGACUACAUCCGGACUCUUUUACAACAAGUUUUCGGCAACUUGGAGCAAAUCUCUAGCGAGUCGUGAACGUUUUGAAUCCAUCACAUUUCCCUUCGGGCCAUUAUUGGGAUUUUCGAAGGUUUUUUUUUUCUUCUCUUUUUAACUAUUAACUACAUUUUCGACAUUUUACGUAAUCAAUACAAGACGACAGCCGAACGAAA